UUUUUUUAAGGAACCGAAAUUAAUUUUUGCACAAAAUCUGUUAAACUGUUUGUCAAACUAUUUUAUUUUCACUGAUAUUCAGUGUCGUAAUCCAUUGUUAAAUGCACGAACAUAAUUCUUUAAAAUAUUGUACAUAAUUGUAAAGUACAUAGUUGCUGUCAUGGAGAAAAUGGCAGAUGAAAUUACUCCGGUUCCACCGAUGGAUGAGAACGAAAAGAGAAUUGUCAAUGAAUUUUGCCAUUUGUUGGAAAAGUCCAAACAACUUUUCAAUGGAUUGAGAGAUUUGCCACAAUAUGGACACAAGCAGUGGCAGUCGUACUUUGGGCGUACAUUUGAUGUGUACACUAAACUUUGGAAGUUUCAACAACAGCACAGACAAGUUUUGGAUGUUAAGUAUGGUUUGAAGCGCUGGCAGAUCGGGGAGGUGGCCUCCAAAAUUGGGCAGCUCUAUUACCACUAUUAUUUGCGGACGAGUGAGACCAACUAUUUAAACGAGUCCUUUGCCUUCUACUCUGCCAUACGGAUGCGGGCGUACUACUCUAAAGCAAACAAAGAGGAGAGAUCGCUAUUCUCCAACAGACCCGACCUGAUGGUCAAGAAGCUACGAUUCUACGCCCGAUUUAUAGUGGUGUGUCUCCUACUAAAGAAGAUGAAGCUUGUGCGCGAUCUUGUGCGCGAGUUGGCGAAGCAGAUUGACGACUACACAGGAACGUAUGAGCCUGAGGAUCACAUGGAGUGGAACCUUGUGCUGGGAGAAAUCAAAGCAUUCAUUGAGGCGGACAAUCUGAUAUCAGUGGUGGAUGUGGACGCCACAAGUAUAGUGGUGUCUCACCGCCUCACCCCACUGAACACUCCUCCACUGGACAAGAGUUCUCACGUUCAUUUCACGCUGCAGGAAAUCAUCAUAGUGGGCAACACGCACGAACAGGUGAAGUUCAGUGAGUUGACACUGGACAUGUUCCGCAUGCUGCAGACACUGGAGAGAGAGCCUCAGGAGGAUCUGACCAACCAGAUCUACGACGCCUCCCCUGCACCGGGACGACAGCCAUUUGAGAAUGGUGACCGUCCCAACAAGCGAGAGAACCCGCACAAGUACCUUCUGUACAAGCCCACGUACAGCCAGCUGAAUACGUUCCUGGCAUCCGGCUUCAAGGAGCUCCCGCCUACCGGCGCCCUGCUGCUCUACAUCUCGGCCGACGGUUGCCAUGGAAACGCAAAACUUACUGAUGAUGCUGCAUACGACCUCGGUGGGGUGGUGACAAACAGUCGCAAGGAGGGGGAGACCACCAACAACAAACCAAAGAGACCCGGUACCCUCAAGGAGAUGCAUUGCCUCCAUCCGGGUGACCUCUACCCCUACACCAGGAAACCUCUCUUCCUCAUUGUGGACAGUGACAACAGCUCAGCCUUCCAGAACUUCCCGAACCUUUUUGGUCAGCCUGUGGUGUGCCUGCUAUCACCUGAACAGGUCCCCACCACCAUGCAAGACAUGCGUCAAAAGGGUAACCUGUUCACGCUGUUCCUCCACUGCCCCUUGAUGGCGUUCUGUCAUGUGUGUAACAUCAUUGAUAUCCCCAUCACGCUGUGGGACAAGUGUCAGAGUCAAGUGGACAAGUUCAUGGCAGAGGCCAGCAAGCUGUUUGUCAGGUCUAGAUCUAUAGACCAUGCCUAUAUGCAGCUUAUCGGGGACGACUUUCUUCGUCUGCUCAUGCUCAGAUUUGUCUUCUGCUACAUUGUCCUCAUUCUGCACAGAGGCUUCAAGGGUCCUAGCUUCUAUCCGAUGUCACACCCCACUCUCCCAACCGAAGAAAUCCUUGAGCACUCGACCUUGUGUAAAAUUGUGCUCGAUCUAUCGGUGGUUCUUGACUGUCGACCUCUGUUUGCUGAACCUGGUGAUGCUGACAUGAGCGUCAUGACGUGAACAGAAUAGGAAUCUCGUGGAAACGUUGUUUCUAUCACGAAGUAGUUGAACCUCGCUCUGUGAAAGGGGAUUAAUGCAUGUGCGUAAAGUGUCGUUCCAGAAUAGCGUGCAGUCAGCUCAGAAAAAUCAGGGACGAAUUUUUCUGCUUUUAUUGUAUUGUUUUGUUCGAAGGAAGACUCUUCUUGACAAAAAUCCAGUAAAGGCAGAAAGUGUCAUCCCUGAUUAGCCUAUGCGGAUUGCAGUGUCAUCCCUGAUUAGCCUAUGCGGAUUGCACAGGCUUAUAUGGGAUGACAUUGUAUGCACAUUCAUUAAAAACCGUUUUCACAGAGCAUGGCUCAGGUAAAUAAUUUUAUAAGAAACUUUUUAUUUAUUUUUUAGUUGAUUGAAAAAAUUGUUUUACCUUUAUAUGUUUAGUUUUUGGACAUUAUGUUUAAGAACGUUUAAAAAGUAUUAAAUUGCAGUGUGUAACUAUUACUGAAUGGUGAGUUGUUAUGGUUUAUGAUGCAGUAUUUGUAAUUUGACAAUGUGACCAUAUGUGCCCAUAAGAAUAGUAUGGGGUGAACUGGUAGUAAAUAUGGAAUAUGGAGAGAACAGAACAAAAUUGUGGUGUUGUUAUAUGCUGAAUUCAUUUUUACUUCUAGUCAAUAAAUUAAUUAUACGAAGAGAUUUUACAACCAUGUGUACAUGCAAAUUGAUUGAGCUGGAGUAAAAACUAGUGAAUGGAUUUAUUUAUACAGAUAGCAUUUACGUACUUAUUGACUUGCUGUGCGCUUUCAUUAAGAAUUUAUGUAAUAUAACAGGGAUAUUACAGGUAUAAGUGUAUGUGGACAUUAUAAUUGUUGAUACGGACCAAACAUCAUUGUAUCAUCAUGUUUACUGUACAUUGUUAAAUUAGUUUUAUCAUCCAUCAUCUGGUCUUUGGAGAAAAAAGCCCUUGAAGAAUUUGUAUUGGUUUUAUUCAUUAAACAGCCUCACAGCUUGUUAUGGUCCUUAAUCAAUUGUGUAUACUCAUAAAUGUAUGAUACUCUAUGUUUCCAUUUGCACAAUGUUAUAUAUAUAUAUGCUGCAUCAUGCGAAAAUGGGUCUUAUGCCAUGUGCGACUUGUCUCCAGACCAGCCUGCACAAUCCUGCAUUCUGGUCAGGAGCUCUGCUGUACAUAAAGUCAAGCAAGGUUUCGUGGUCCCAUUAACAGACAGGGUAACCCCUUGCCAGACUAUGCAAAUGCCCAGCCUGGUCUGGAGCAAUUCUGGCCACAUAUGGCAUAAGACCCAUUAUCGAAUGACACAGCUCAUGUGUAGUAGAUAUAUUUAUUACAGACACCGAUAAUACUGGUAAUGCUAGGCACCUGAAUGAUAGUUAUUUAUGCUAUGAAAGCCUGUUUGUGCAUCAUGUAUAGAGUUAAAAUCAAAUACUGUCUUUCAGUGUCAUAGUUCAUGUACAUUGGUUAUAUGCAUGUGUGUGCCCAUUUACCUUUAUUCAUAAACACAGCUUUUCCAACAAACAUGUUUUUUUUAAUCUGCUUUUUUUCUGCCACCUUAUAUCAAAGCCCUUAUAUAACACACCCUUAUUGCCAAUUUACCACAAUUGUUUAUAAGUAUAGUUGCAGCUUUUUUUAAACAUAAUCAUGUUUAAUAAUUUUGUCAUAUGUGAUUGUUUUUUCUUUGCAAGCAUAUGUUAAGUGCCAUUUUCUGUAAAAUACUGUUUUGUUCUGGAAAUAGUGUUGCACUCUGGAAAGGCAAUGUUGUGUAAGUUGCGUGAAAUCCACUAUCACACUGUGGCUAUUAUUCGUUCAUACAAUUUAUUUCCCAUGACCAAUUUCUCUUCCAACCUUAUUGCAAGAUAUUGUUAAAACACCACCCUACUUAUAGAUUUUCCACAGUUAUUUUAUGUAUAAUCUCAGAACAUUUUAAGCAUUACCAAAAUAUACGUUCAGUGUUUUGGUAGGUUGAGCUUUUGAUCUGUUUUAUCUUUACAAGUAUUUUUUUCUGUACAUUAGUCCCAUUGUAUACUGAAUCAUGAUUUUGUAAAAGAUGUUUUGGGUUCUAAAAAAUUAUUUGUUAUUCCAUAUUUAUUUGGAACUAUAUCAAACGCAUUCCGUUUUUACCAUAGUGAUCGUUUUAAUAUCAUUCCAAUCAUAUUUAAAGAAUUGUGAUUUAUAAUUGAUCACUUAUUUACUUCAGACUAUUCCAUAUGUGGCAGA